GUUCUCUAACUAAUGUCAGCUCAUAAUGAAAUCCUCCAACGUAUUUUAAUUUCUUUCAUUAUGUUUUAUACCAGCUUUACUUUUUUUCUGUUCUAUGUAUCUAUUGUAUUGUAUUGUAUUUAUGAUGAUGAUGAUGAUGAUUGUGUGUACUUCAGAGUAUGUUGGGAAAUGCAAGUUAUCCUGUGAAGGAAACAGCUAUUUGCAAAGGCGAAAUUCCCCACGAAUAGUCCGUGUUUUUUUCAAUGAAUACCUUCGUGUUGAAGUGAGAAUGGAGACCACAGUAAUAUUCGUGUUUGUUUGUUUUUCAGUUUUUAUUUUUUUUGUUGUUGUUGCUUUUUUUUGUGAGAGUUUUCUUUUGUAUAUAUAUGUGUGUGUGUUUGUUAUUCGUGAUAUUACAUACGAAAUGGAAACUACUUAGCUUGAUGUAAGGCAAGCCUGCCGCCGUCACCACCACCACCACCACUGGACUAGCACUAGCAAGAGGAGUAUGAGGAGGAGGAGGAGGACUUGUUGAGGACUAUCCUCUGUCUACAAGAUUUCCAAGCAAUAACGAUAAACUUACUUACUUUACUUCGGCUAUCUCCUACGGGAGGAUGAGCCGGCUUCAUGAACAUCUCGAAUCAUCCCUGCCCAGGUGCGGCGAUCUGAUGCAAGCAAGGUUUUGCCACGACAGGGUUAUCCAAUUCUUGUUCCACAGACGGAGUCCGUAGACGGUUUGUAGCCCCAGCCCAGUCACUCCAAUAUCAGCCUUGACUGACUGUGUACCAAGCCAUGUGUUUUCAGCUGUCCACCCGUGCGACAUCGCCAAGA